CCUCCUUCUUUCCGAUCAUUUUCCUUUUGUUUUUUGUCUUUGCGUUUUUUGAUCCCUCCCUGGUUACCGCAUAUCCCCACUACCCUAGAUUUCACAGUUACAUCACUAUGGCUCCAAUCGGAACUUCACCAAAACGCGCUCUGACCCCCGGCUUCUACGUCCCAACGGUCGCUUUCUUCGCUGGCCCCGAUGAAGAUGUCGAUGUCCCCACCGUCGAGAAACAUGCCGCCUAUCUCGCCCAGUCUGGAAUCGCUGGUCUAGUCGUACAAGGCAGCAACGGCGAAGCCGUCCACCUGGACAGAGACGAACGGAAAACAAUCACAGCAGCUACCCGUCGGGCAUUGGACGCCCAUGGCGCCGAGUCGAUGCCGGUCAUCGUCGGAUGCGGUGCCUCGUCCACCCGUGAAACCAUUCAAUUGUGCAAGGAUGCCGGCGAAUCCGGAGGUGACUAUGCUUUGGUCUUACCGCCAUGCUACUACAAGUCCCUGGUCAGCAACGAAGCCCUCCGUGACCACUUCCGCGCCGUGGCGUCCGCAUCCCCCGUCCCGGUUUUGAUCUACAACUUCCCCGGUGCAUCGUCCGGUCUGGACCUCACCUCCGACGACAUCCUAGCACUCUCACAGCACCCGAACAUUGUGGGUGUCAAGCUGACCUGCGGAAACACCGGAAAAUUAGCCCGCAUUGCCGCCCAGGCCAAACCGGAAUUCCUGACGUUCGGGGGGUCGGCUGAUUUCACACUCCAGACCCUCGUCGCCGGUGGUGCAGGUAUCAUCGGUGGCACUGCCAAUCUAAUCCCUCGGUCGUGCGUCUAUGUUAUGAAGCUCUACAACGAGGGUAAGGUGAAGGAAGCCCAGGCGGCCCAGGCGGUCGUGGCCCGAGCAGAUUGGCUGGCGAUCAAGGGGGGAUUCGUGGCUGUCAAGAGCGCACUCCAGAGCUAUCGGGGAUAUGGCGCACAGCCGCGCCGGCCGUGCGUGGAGCCGUCGGCCGAGGAGGCGGCUGUUUUGAAGGAAGCAUUCAGCGAAGCAGUAGAGCUGGAAAGACGGCUAGAGAAGGCUUAACAGACUUAUGAUUUUAUUUAUACCAUGUAAUUACAGACUGCAUUAAGAUACGAGGACGACGUAAUCUAUCAUCGAUUUCCAAUCUUGACAUUAGUCAAGGGUUGCAGAUGAAAACACUUGCAACAAACUUGGAGAGUCAGGGUCCCAGGUAUACAAAUAUCGGAAGGAAAAACAGAUGCACCAUUUCCUCUACGCAUUAUUGGCCUCUUACAAAAAUAUAAAGAAACCUAAU